AAGGUGUUCUCGUCAGUCUCGCCAGUGCUUCAAUCACAACCAGUUCACACAGGAAGCCCUACUCAUCAUGUCGUCGAUCGUACGCAAAGUGAUCUCCACCAAAAAGUGCCCAAAAGCGGUCGCCCCAUACAGCCAAGCGAUCGUUGCCGAUCGUACGGUGUACUGUUCCGGCGUGCUCGGUAUGGAACUGGACACCUUGAAGCUGGUUCCAGGUGGUGCUGGAGCUCAAACGGCGAAAGCACUCGAGCAUCUGACCACUUUGUUGGCUGAGGCGGGUUCCGGCAUUGAUAAGGUUGUCAAAACGACCGUCCUGUUGGGUGAUAUGAACGAUUACGCCGUCGUCAACGAGGAGUACAAGAAAGUGUUUAGCAGCAGUUUUCCGGCUCGGACGUGCUUCGGUGGAAUGAAGCUGCCCCUUGGUGCCGCCGUUGAGAUUGAAGCGAUCGCAUUGACCGGUCCGGUGGUGAAUAUUUCCGAAUGACUAGAUGCGAAAAUGUAGCACCCAUUUAGCGUUCGAUCGGAAGCGAAUGGUGCGCAUGUUAAUGUGGUGUGUGAAAUGCGUUAAUUGCCCGCAUCCCUAUGGGGUACGAGUUGGCAACAGACGGUACUCUGAGCGCAUCUCUGAGCCUUGUGAAUGAUAAUAAAUGGUAAAU